AUGGUUGCGUUUGUUAUGGUUGUUACAUUGGUGCCAUGGUUGUGGAGAUUUGUUGGUGGUGGUGCUUUUGUGUAUGUGUGUGAGUGGUCUCUGUCUACCCACCGGUGUUAUUGGUUUAAGGCAGAUAGGUACGAGGGAGCAUUUAGUGGAGUUUGUGUUUCUCCGGGUGGUCGCUUUCCCCCAUUUUCUAAUGAGGGGAAACCUCCAAGAAAAGUAAGCAAGGGCUCCAAAGAUUUGACUCUUUGCAGAGUGUUCCGCAAAAAGACAUGCUGUGAUGUGGCCCAAACGCAUCCUGCUUUGCUAUCCAUUAGGAGACUGGCUACAACAGGUGAAGCGAGCCCAGAGUGUUUGCAACUGUGGGAGUUGUUGGAAUGUUCUAUCUGUGAUCCACGUGUUGGUGUACAGCCUGGACCUCCUCUCAUUUGCCCCCCUCUCUGUGAUAGGUUGUAUCAGGCUUGUUCUAAUGCUUACUUCUCUAUGGAUGCGAAGACACAGGUUGUAGCACCAUGUGGAGUUGGCGACUUUGUUUGUGGUAAAGCCUCUGAAUGGGUCUCAAAUGGCACAGAACUUUGCCGUGCUGCAGGUUUUACUGUUAAGUCAUUUCAUGGUGUGGAAGAAACACCUUGCUACGGUGGGAAAGCUAGUCUAGAUUCUGUUGCUGGUUCAUGGAAGGCUUCACAAUCUGGGGAUUCAGAGAAAGAGAAAGGUGAGGGCUCGGGAGUUUUUCCAGGUUUUCUGCCAUGGGUGAGGGAAAUGCCAUUUACAGAAAGAGUUUCUUGGGCAGUGGGAGGAAUGGUUCUGACAGCGGGACUUUUUUUUGCAAGUAAAAGGAAGAGCCACAGUCAGCGCCAGAAGCAAGCAGCUAUUCAACGCACAGCGAGGAAACUGGGAGGGAACAUGAACUCAAAGGCUCCUUCUACUGAAGGAACUAGGAAGCGAAUUGGAAGAUGAAACCCUCAUUUGUAAGCACUGCAUUAAAUCAAAGAUGGUUUUGCUAGCUGAUGGAGUCCUCUCCACUAUGAAUUUUGAUAGUUCAUGUACUGUAGUUGAUUGGAGAUGUUUCUGUUUCUGCAAAGACAAGAAAAAUGACUAUUGAUGUAGGAUGUUGAUAGAAGACGGGUUGCUUACUCUAGUUCUAUGAAGUUUUGGGUCAAAAAAUGAUGAACUCCCUCGUUACAGCACUUUUUGUUGUCAUCAGGUGUAGCAAGCCUUAGUUUUCUUGCAGAUCAAUUUUCAUUUUGGUUUUUUUUUUCUUUGUAUGAAAGUAAGUAUUGUUAACGAACCUUCCUGUACUUACCAACAGUUCUUAACCUUCUGGGAUUAUGUAGAUAAUCAUGAUAGAAGCAGCUUUCAGUUUCUAGGGGUGAAGCGGCUUUAAGUCUCAAUCUCUUCAAUGUCCUUGGAAAAACCAUUGAAAGUUUGCU